AUUACAUUUGCCAGUACUGCUUUCAUGUUAGAUUGUACCAGAACGUAUCGCUUGAUCGUCUGCGGUUACCCGGCUAUAUAUGAUUCUUUCGGAGAAUAGGUGGAUCCAAAGACAUCAUUUGCGCUGCAUAUCAAAUAGAAUGCAAGGGAACUCGUUUACAAUGUAUCGGUACGGGUCGGGUCGUGACCACUGCAGUGCAUUCUGAAGAGGGACAAGGAGUAACGUUAAUAGGUAUCACGCAAUAACGGUUGCCAACCAGCAACAUCAUAGGGACGUGAAAUUAUGCUCUUCAUUCAUAUAUAGGUUUCCUGUCUGCGGGACCUUUGGAUUGAUUCUUUGAUUUAAAUAGAAUAAUAUCGUAGGUCUACCAUUUCAAGCAAUCAAACAUUAUGUGAAUUAGGCUAUUAGUGUUGUUAACCCAAUGCAACAUGUUGUUGGCAGUAGAGACUUCAUCGUUGCAUUUAUUGAUUCACAGAAUACGUAUUUUCUCGGGAUGAUGUCCCUGUGUGAACCACGCUCAAUCUCCCCUCCGCUGGUUUGAGUUCCUGCUCUCUGUCAGGGGCCCGCCUGCUGAUUCCUCCCCGACACCACGUCACGUAGAGGGCGAUGCGGCGGUUUGUCUACUGUAAGGUGGUGCUGACCACUUCGCUGGUCUGGGUGCUGGUGGAUGUCUUCCUGUUGCUCUACUUCAGUGAAUGUAACAAAUGUGACGACAGGAAGGAUCGCUCAAUGCUCCCUGCUCUGAGAGCGGUCAUAUUGCGGACCCACGAGGGCCCAGGGGAGAUGGGGAAGGCGGUGGUUAUCGCAAAGGACGAGCAGGAGAAAAUGAAGGAGCUCUUUAAGAUUAACCAGUUCAAUCUGAUGGCCAGCGACAUGAUUGCGCUCAACAGGAGUCUGCCGGAUGUGAGACUGGACGGUUGCAAGACCAAGGUGUACACGGACGAUCUCCCCAACACCAGUAUAGUGAUUGUGUUCCACAACGAGGCGUGGAGCACCCUGCUCCGCACCGUCCACAGUGUCAUCAACCGGUCGCCACGCCACCUACUGCAGGAGAUCCUGCUGGUGGACGACGCCAGUGAGAGAGACUUCUUGGGAAAGAAGCUGGAGAACUAUGGUCGGACCCUGGAGGUUCCCGUGCGGGUCCUGCGGAUGGAGCAGCGGACGGGGCUGAUCCGGGCCAGGCUGAGGGGGGCUGCGGCCACACGGGGGCAGGUCAUCACCUUCCUGGAUGCCCACUGUGAGUGCACCAUGGGCUGGCUGGAGCCUCUGCUGGCCAGGAUCAAAGAGGACCGGAGAUCUGUGGUGUGUCCUAUAAUCGAUGUGAUCAGCGACGAGACGUUUGAAUACAUGGCAGGCUCAGACAUGACCUAUGGAGGAUUUAACUGGAAGCUGAAUUUCCGUUGGUAUCCCGUGCCUCAGAGAGAGAUGGACAGGCGCAAAGGGGACAGGACACUCCCUCUCAGAACCCCUACUAUGGCUGGAGGGUUAUUCUCUAUUGACCGGACAUAUUUUGAAGAAAUAGGCACAUACGAUCCAGGGAUGGACAUUUGGGGCGGAGAGAACUUGGAGAUGUCUUUCAGGAUCUGGCAGUGUGGCGGCUCUCUGGAGAUUGUCACUUGUUCCCAUGUGGGUCACGUGUUCCGAAAGGCCACCCCUUACAGCUUCCCUGGGGGCACGGGUCAAGUCAUCAACAAGAACAACAGGCGAUUGGCCGAGGUGUGGAUGGACGGCUUCAAAGACUUCUUCUAUAUCAUAUCACCAGGUGUGGCCCGGGUGGGCUAUGGAGAUGUGUCCUCUCGUAAGGCCCUGCGUGAAGCUCUGCAGUGCAAACCCUUCUCCUGGUACCUGGAGAACAUCUACCCCGACUCUCAGAUCCCCCGGCGAUACUACUCACUUGGUGAAAUCAGAAAUGUUGAAACGAACCAGUGUGUGGACAACAUGGGCAGAAAGGAAAACGAGAAAGUUGGCUUCUUCAACUGCCAUGGCAUGGGUGGGAAUCAGGUGUUUUCCUACACAGCUGAUAAGGAGAUCCGGACAGAUGACCUGUGUCUGGAUGUGUCUCGUCCCCAUGGACCUGUGGUCAUGCUGAAGUGUCAUCAAAUGAAGGGGAAUCAGGUGUUUGAGUAUGAUGCAGAGCGGCUGACCUUGCUGCAUGUCAACAGUAACCAAUGUCUGGACAUGCCUACUGAGGAGGACAAGAUGGUGCCCACCCUGAGAGACUGCACAGGCAGCCGCUCCCAGCAGUGGCUCCUCCGCAACAUGACACUGACGCUCUGAUCUGACCCAGGAGUAGGACCUCCACAUUCACUCACCACCACACCGGCCAGCCUCGCCCCCACCUAAACUGGCCACUACCUCACCUCGCUCCACCAGGUGUCUUUUGUCAUGCACGUGUUCCUGCCUCCUUCAGCACUCGCGGGUGGGGAAGAAGCAGGCAGGCAGCAGCCUGUAGUAUUUUACUAUGGGGCUUCGGAGGCUCUGCAAGGUCUUUAUCUGAGAUGCUGCUCCUCCCAUUCAGUCAAUAUUACACAAAGUGGUUGCCUAGAGGUUGACCGGCACACUCUCAGCCAGAGCUCUCUGUAUGGUUGAAUCAUCUGGGCGGGUCUGUAGUGACGGUGACUAACACUUUUACACAUGGAGGAAGCUGGAAUCAGUGAUACUGUAUAUGUCUGAUGGCUCUCAGGGUCGUCAUGUGUGAGGUCAGAGUUCAGACUUUAGUACAGCAGAAGCACCAAUAGCAGGAUAGCAUUUCCUAGACAGAGCGUUGUAGUAUGCGUCUGUGGGGCCUCAUAGACGAUCUACUCUGGCUCUGUACAUAAGUGUUUUGUUUAAAGUGCAACCCUGCAAGGUUGAUUAUUCUGUUCUAUGAUAUUGUACACCCCCAAUUCAUAUCUAUGUCGGAACCACCUGUAAAUCUGAGGAUGAAGGGUCUAAGGGUAAGGGUUGUUGUCAGGGCCGGGGACAGUCGUUUCAGGGAGCUAAAAAUGAAAAAAGGGCACCCACUGCCCCCCCCCCCCCCCGACCCCCUCUCACCCCAAAAAUAUGACUUUCCUAAUUCAGAUCUCGAAAUUCAUAACAUAUAUUUUUGAGCAUAGGCCUAUUUAUUUCAGCAACACACUCACUCAUCACAAAUUGUAAGCAAGCUAGUUAGCUACAGUGCCUCCUAAAGACAUGAUUGACAUCGGGAAAAGAGGGAUGUUGAUUGUUUUAAUCUGCUAGUUAGCUACCUCAAUAUUUUUUUUUACUGAUUGUGAUUUAUCUUCCAUGCUCUUAAAUAAUAACUUCAUAAUAUAAUAUUUAUAAUCUAACUCAUGAUAUACACUGAGUGUACAACAUAUUAGGAACACCUUACUAAUAUUGAGUUGCACCCCUUUUGCCUCAAUUCAUCAGGACAUGGACUCCACAUGGUGCCGAAAGCGUUCCACACGGAUGCUGGCCCGUUUUGACUCCAAUGCUUCCCACAGUUGUGUCAAGUUGGCUGGAUGUCCUUUGGGUGGUGGACCAUUCUUGAUACACUCAGGAAACUAUUGAGCGGGAAAAAAACAGCAGCGUUGCAGUUCUUGACACACUCAAACUGGUGCGCCUGGCACCUACUACCAUACCACGUUCAAAGGCACUUAAAUAUUUUGUCUUGCCCAUUCACCCUCUGAAUGGCACACAUACACAAUCCAUGUCUCAAUUGUCUCCAGGCUUAAAAAUCCUUCUUUAACUUGUCUCCUUCCCUUCAUCUACACUGAUGGUGGAUUUAACAAGUGACUUCGAUAAGGGAUCAUAGCUUUCACCUGGAUUCACCUGGUCAGUCUAUGUCAUGGAAAGAGCAGGUGUUCCUAAUAUUUUCUCCACUCAGUGUAUGGCUGGCUGGCUGGUGGUUUGUGUGGAUAUUUUAGUGUAUGGUGGUUAGCCAGAUUCUAUACUACCUGUGUUCAGUGCUUCAUUUGUAAAUCUGGAGGUGCCGGAGCAAAAAGUGAGUGCGAGAGAGAGGGGUGAAAAGUGGAGCUCUGAUGUACCAGAACUCAUGAGAAAAAAUCACCUCUAUAAUAAAGCAUUGCAUUACGGAAGUCAAGAGAGGACAUAUUAAUAACAAUAAAGAUUUCCCUCGUUA